UCGUGUGGGUGAUCGAUCAGCUGUUAGGACUGAAAUCCUCUCUGGGCUCAUUUAUUCUCACACGUUCUUCUCUAAUAUGACAUGCGCUCGGGAACUGUAAACCACUUUAAAUGGCUGCUACUGUUUGAUUAUACAUGUACAGCGGUUGGUGGAUGUGACAGUGUGUAGAACUUGCAGUUAUUUAGGCCUUUAAAAGAGGAGGAGACUCGGCUCUGCCCUUCAUGUGUAACCUCUGAGCUCUUCACGUGGGAUCAACCACAGGUCAGAACAGAGCGAUACAAACUUGAAGAGUAUCGAUCAGUAUCGAUUGGUAAAACAUUAAGACGAUCCAGAGGCGAAGUUUAGGUUUAUAGUGAGAACUCAAUCCCUUUUGAUCAGGAUGUCCACCUACACUGAGAAUGAGUCCAAGUUCAUGCGGAAGGCCAAGGAGAAUCCAUUUGUUCCAGUGGGACUAGCAGGGUUCUUCGCCAUCGUCGGGUACAGACUGAUCAAGAUGAAGAGUCGAGGAGACACUAAAAUGUCAGUGCACCUGAUCCACAUGCGAGUAGCUGCUCAGGGCUUUGUGGUGGGAGCCAUGACUCUUGGAGUCCUAUAUUCGAUGUACAGGGAUUACAUCGUAAAGCCCAGAGAACUGAAAGCGGCGGAAAACAAGUGAACCCGGCCUCCUACACUGGUUCUAUGUCCCUUAAUAUAUACCUCAUGUUAAGGUGUGUAGAGUGUUAUCUUCACAGGUGCAUCAUAUCCUUUGUAUGGACGUACCCCUUCAGCAGCUCACUCCUACUGUAAAUAGAUAUAAUUUAUUGACUACAGUUCUGAACUUGUAAGUAGUACCCAGCUACCACUUCUGUGUUGAGAGUGAGGUUUACUGGUCUCAGCUGUGAACACUGGUCCCUCUGUGUGGGUUUGUGGAUAUAAACCAGCCGGUUUGAUAAGUCUGGGGUUUUUUUUUGCCUCUUAACUUGAGUAAAUUAGUUUUUUAGAAAAUGUAGCAUAUUUGAAAACAGUGUGAGCAGGUUGGAUCUGGAUUAAAAGCAAACAGAGAUACCAGGAUGAUGAUCAUUGUAUUUUCCUUUAUUUCUGUGUUCUUGAAGGAUCCAAUUUGGGGAUGUUUUGCCAAACGAAAUGCUUGUUUGCACUGUAGCCUUUUAAAACAAAGAAAAGAAAGGCAUCUUGAGGAAGACGUUGACAGCACUGGCCCGAGCUCUCACAUUCAUAAAACUAUUAGAAGACAAGCCGUUUUUUGGAUCACCAUAGCAUCACUCCAUAAAACAUCUUUUGAAUAAUCACAAGAAAAUGUAAAAAGAAAAAAGUAAGCCAUCUUCAAACCAUUAAUGUAAAAUAUAUAGUUUUGUAAGAAUUGAUUGUAAAGGCCACGUCUUUUUUUUCGAAUUUCUCUCAUGUAUUGAUGAAGAGUCCAGUAUUUCCCAUGGUCUUUUGAGACCUACAGUAUAAACCAACUGAAAUCCAACCUACAGAUUGUGCAGUAUGAUAUCAUGUCUGCUUGAAUACACGCCUUGUUAAGUUUUAAAUAAAGUGGAGUUUUGAAUGUU